GCUCUGGAGUUGGAGCUUCUGUUUUGCAAAUGGAGGAAACACUGAAGGUGUUGGACGCCUCACUUUCUCACAUCAAAUGGCGGCUUAAAGCUCCUUCUAAGCGUCGACUUGAAAUAGAUAUUCUAGCGUUGUGUACUGGAAUGAGGCCAGUUGUGAUGAUUGACUAUGGAGGAAAGAUGCCAGAAUUACAAGAGCAUCUGUGUGCACUUCUUCAUCACAUUCAAAAGGAGUCCACCAUUUUUGAACACCUAAGAGUAAUGGUUAUAGAAGACAUGAUUUAUUUGAUACAUGUGAAAGAACUGGCUGAAUAUGUGAGAUCGAGCUUGAACUCUGAAACAGAGCUUCUAUAUGUGGAUUUAGAACAGGACCCUCCAAAGAUGACGGCAAUGGAAGAGAAAAGCUCACUAGGAAUGCAGCUUAUGUCAAUUCAGAAGUUUUUCUCUUUAUCUUUUCCUCCCGAUAGAAUGAACAAUGAUCCAUUGCCACAGGACAGGAUAACUGACAUGCCUAACUCCAAAUCCUCCCUUGAACCCACCACUUCUCAUUCUUCAGAAGUUAUUGAUCUCAGUCGCUGCAUGCUUGAUAAUCAGGUUACUGUGCCAACUUUAAACGGAUGGCUUCUCGGAUAUCCAGUUGUGUACUUGUUUGGCAAGGACCAUAUUGAAGAGGCUAUAUACAAUCUUUCAACCAAAUCUCUUCGUAUCUACCAAAUAUUGGUGUGCAGGCAUGCUACUCCCAAUAAAGGGUCUCAGCCUGAAGAACUAAUGAGUUUCUCAGUGCCGUAUGAUCUGAGCAUGGGAGGGAACAAAGAACCAUGGGCGGUGAAGUUCCUGGCCAGCAUGCACUCAAAGUGGGAGAAAUGCAAGCAUACUUGGAGAUCCUUGAAGAUGGAGGUUGCCGAAUGCUAUCCGCAGGCCAUUGUCUUGUAGCAAUGGUCAACACUGAUACUUUCAAAUUUCAACCCUAGCUCCCCACCGUUCCUUCAUGCUUAGAAGUGUUGAAAGACCAAAAGCGUUGGUACCUAUGGUAAAACCAUAUUUGGAGGGCCUAUCACCCAUGACAAGUUGUAAUGAAGAUUAAAAUAAGCCCAAGGAUGGAAAACAGUAGUAGGUAGAUGGCAUUCUCUUAAAAGGGUGUCAGACUGUCAGCACAUCACUCUUUCUUUUUUUCUUUUUUUUCUUUUUUGACCCGAACAAUGCAUCGCUUUGUUAAUAGCAAAAUUAUUUUUAUUUUAGCCUUAAAAAGUAAAAUCCCAUUUUUUGG